AUGGAAAUACACUGUAAGCACGACCCGUUUGCAGCAAUGCAUAGACAUGGAGGAGUGAAUCAGUUAGGGGGUGUUUUUGUGAAUGGUCGUCCACUCCCUGAUGUUGUCCGGCAAAGGAUUGUGGAACUUGCCCACCAAGGGGUCAGGCCGUGUGACAUCUCCAGGCAGCUACGGGUCAGCCAUGGUUGUGUCAGCAAAAUUCUUGGCAGGUACUAUGAGACUGGGAGCAUUAAGCCUGGAGUGAUUGGAGGAUCCAAACCAAAGGUCGCCACACCCAAAGUCGUCGAAAAAAUUGCAGAGUAUAAACGCCAAAAUCCCACCAUGUUUGCCUGGGAGAUCAGGGACAGGCUUCUAGCCGAGCGAGUGUGUGACAAUGACACCGUACCCAGCGUCAGCUCGAUUAACAGGAUCAUACGGACUAAGGUACAGCAACCACCCAACCAGCAGGUCCCAGCCUCUAGUCACAGCAUAGCCUCCACGGGGUCCGUGACCCAAGUCUCGACAGUGAGCACUGACUCCGCAGGCUCCUCCUACUCCAUUAGUGGAAUUCUGGGAAUUACAUCCCCCAGUGCUGAAAGCAACAAACGCAAACGCGAUGAAGGUAUUCAGGAAUCUCCAGUACCAAAUGGCCAUUCCCUCCCGGGUAGAGAUUUCCUUCGGAAACAGAUGCGAGGAGAUCUUUUCACCCAGCAGCAGUUAGAAGUGUUGGAUCGAGUCUUCGAGAGGCAACAUUAUUCUGACAUCUUCACAACAACUGAACCCAUCAAACCAGAGCAGACGACAGAAUACUCAGCCAUGGCAUCAUUAGCUGGCGGAUUAGAUGAUAUGAAGGCCAAUUUAACAAGCCCUACUUCAGCAGAAUUAGGAGCUAGUGUUCCAGGACCACAAUCCUACCCUAUCGUGACAGGUCGUGAAUUGGCAAGCACAACCCUCCCAGGAUACCCUCCUCACGUCCCCCCUGCUGGACAGGGCAGCUACUCUGCUCCAACACUGACAGGAAUGGUGCCUGGGAGCGAGUUUUCUGGAAGUCCAUACAGCCACCCACAAUAUUCAACAUACAAUGACUCCUGGAGAUUUCCCAACCCUGGAUUGCUAGGCUCUCCUUAUUAUUACAGUGCUGCAGCCCGAGGAGCGGCACCCCCAGCAGCUGCUGCUGCCUAUGACCGCCACUGA